AUGCGCGAAAUCGUCCACGUCCAGGCUGGCCAAUGCGGUAACCAGAUCGGCACGAAGUUCUGGGAGGUCAUCUCGGACGAGCACGGCAUCCAGCCCGACGGACAGUACCAGGGCGAGUCCGAGCUGCAGCGCGAGCGCCUGGAUGUCUACUACAACGAGGCCAACGGCAACAAGUAUGUCCCGCGCGCCGUCUUGGUCGACCUCGAGCCAGGCACGAUGGAUUCCGUCCGCGCCGGGCCCUACGGGCAGCUCUUCCGCCCCGACAACUUCGUCUUCGGCCAAUCCGGGGCCGGCAACAACUGGGCCAAGGGCCACUACACCGAAGGAGCUGAACUCGUCGACCAGGUGCUCGAUGUUGUGCGCAAGGAGGCUGAGGGCUGCGACUGUCUCCAGGGCUUCCAGCUGACUCACUCUCUCGGAGGAGGAACCGGAUCCGGAAUGGGCACCCUGCUCAUCUCCAAGAUCCGUGAGGAGUACCCGGACAGGAUCAUGGCCUCGUUCUCGGUUGUGCCAUCGCCCAAGGUCUCCGACACCGUCGUUGAGCCUUACAACGCUACGCUGUCUGUGCACCAGCUCGUCGAGAACACCGACGAGACCUUCUGCAUCGACAACGAGGCUCUCUACGACAUCUGCCACCGCACCCUGAAGCUGACCAAUCCUGCCUAUGGGGAUCUCAACCACUUGGUCUCACUGACGAUGUCGGGCGUCACUACUUGUCUGCGCUUCCCCGGUCAACUCAACGCUGAUCUCCGCAAGCUGGCCGUCAACAUGGUUCCGUUCCCGCGUCUCCACUUCUUCAUGACUGGCUUCGCUCCUUUGUCCGCCAAGGGCACCGCGCAGUACAAGGCCAUGACUGUCUCUGAGCUCACGCAGCAGAUGUUUGACGCUAAGAACAUGAUGGCUGCCUGCGAUCCGCGACAUGGGCGUUACCUGACCGUCGCCGCAAUGUUCCGCGGCAAGAUGAGCAUGCGCGAGGUGGACGACCAGAUGCACUCUGUGCAGAACAAGAACUCGUCAUACUUUGUCGAAUGGAUCCCCAACAACGUCAAGACUGCCGUGUGCGACAUCCCGCCACGUGGACUGAAGAUGGCCGCCACCUUCGUUGGCAACUCGACCGCCAUCCAGGAACUCUUCAAGCGCAUCAGCGAGCAAUUCACAGCCAUGUUCCGUCGCAAGGCCUUCCUUCAUUGGUACACGGGCGAGGGCAUGGACGAGAUGGAGUUCACCGAGGCGGAGUCGAACAUGAACGAUCUCGUCUCCGAAUACCAGCAAUACCAAGAGGCCACCGCCGACGACGAAGGAGAGUUCGAGGGAGACAACACGACCGGCGCCCAGGAUUAUGAA